CAGUAACCCUUCAGUUGAUUAUAGUGAGGAAUCUAGGUCGGUAGCUCUAGAUGCAGGAUCAUUUCCGGCAUCUACCGUCGGCAUUGUAUCUUGGACUUGUCCUGAAAAUGCAACUAUGGGUUUGUUUUUCCUUCAAGGAGACAAGAAGGGGAAUCAGAAAGUAGAGAUUCCUGACUGCCACAUCAUGUCUUCGAGCUCGAACUCCUCGUCUGGUCCUGACGAGAUGGAUAGCCAAAAGCAAGGUGAUGAUGAGAUUGUCGAACAUGGAAGUUCACCAGGCUCUAUAAAAUCUAUGGAGGCAAAGAAUUCUGAAUUGAAGACAAUUUGUGUUGAUAGCAGCUCGAAAAUUACCGUAAAAGCUACUUACAAAGAGGAUACUGUUCAAUUUAAGUUCGAGCCGUCUGUAGGGUGCUUCCAACUAUGUGAACAAGUUGCACAAAGGUUCAAAAUUCAAAAUGGGUCGUUCCGGCUCAACUAUUUGGAUGAUGAAGAGGAAUGGGUAAUGCUGGUUAGUGACUCGGAUUUAUACGAGUGCCUGGAAAUGUUAGUAUGCCGGAUCACAAAGAGUCAAGUUUCAACUUCAAGAUGUACUUUGUGCUAUGGGCAGUUCUAUCAGUAGCAACUGUUUUUUUUUUUUGUCUUGAGACUUGUAACAGAUAUGCCAAUGCUCAUCAGCAAUUAACCAUCGGCCUUUGUAGUAAUUUCUCGAAUUCGAUUCAGGUUCUAUAGAGUAAAAAAUGCAAAUGAAGCCUAUCUAGUUAAUGCCUGCUCAGGUCGAAGCUUCUGUUUUUCGAUCUUACACCAUUGUUACAGCUUCAGUUCAAGGAAGAAGGGUGAAGAAGACAUGAGCAUAGAUUAUAGUUAGUAGUAUAGGACUGCAUAUGUUAGGAGGGAGCAAUAGAAAUAGGAUCCUAGUCAUAGUCAAUGUUAACAG